UGGUGUACUCUCCUCUUGAAGAAGUUCUAAGUAUCAGCGAAUGGGAAGUCUUCAGCUUUCAAUUUUGUAACUAAGCUCUUGUUUCUGUCUUAGGAAUUUGACAGGGCAAAUGCACAGAAGGUGCAGCAGUUAUUCUGGGAGGUCGAGGAAAUGCUGUUCGAAGGGAAGGUGACCCUUCAGACCCAGAACCUGCUGACUGAAUGCAGUGAGUGGGCACGAAGGUCCCUGCAUCUGAGGGUAUUAGGAAGACAGCUUAUCCUGCCGACUGAUGAAGGGUUCCAACACUUCCAGGGUGGUGUGCCCUGUUGGCCAAAUCACAGGCCCUUGCCAGAAGUCUCCGAGCGCAACAGCAGCAUCAGAGAGCUAUGCAUCUCGGGCUCUCAGAUUAUCCCUACAGCACUCUCAGCCUCUGCCCUGCCAGGCCCCGAUGGCACAAGGGCUGCUGACCCAAGGGCAUACCCGUCCCUGGAAGAAGAGGUGUAUGACGUGGAGGGGAGGAUGGAAGAGUAUUUCGCUUUUGACAGAAGAGAAGAUGGUGAUGAGCGUCUUGAACGGGACCCAGCUCACCGUGGUCAGAAGCAACAUAAACACGGGCUGCCUCCUGUGUCUCCUCAUGACUGCAUCAAAGACGCCGUGGUGGCAGAAGUGUUUGACCAUGUCUGGACAAGUGUGAUAAAGAUAUUGGAAGAGCUCAUUAGGAACAGCUGGGGAACCACACUCACAGAAGUUAAGAAACAGAAGCAAAAGUUGAAGGCAGCUGAACAUCGAUCUCCACAUGCCCUCGUUGGCCGUGUUGGCACUGACACAUCAAGUGUUCCCCCCUCCAGAAGUUCUGAAACCCGCAGCCUACCCCUGGCGCCCCAGCCUACCCCGCCCCAGAUUCAUCGCUUCUGCAACACUUUGUGUAGUGAUUUGGAUGGUGUGAUGACAAUUCAAGCAAAACCGCUUCAGCAAAGACCUCCCCAUUUGGCGGACAGAACCCUGAACGAACAAGAAGACAAGCCAACAGGUGUGCUUUCCUCUGCACGGCACCGGCUGGGACGGAUCUCAGAUCCUCGCGGAUUUUCGACGUCUGCCAAGAAAGCACCAGUGCAUAGAAGGCUGCCUUCACUGACUGCAGACUCACAGAGAAUAAAGACCCCCAAUGUGUACAGUGAUGGAGUUCUCAGGGGAACAAAGCUGCCAACAGGCGUAGACCGUGUAGCCACUCCUCCAAUUCAAACCUCCCGCAACAGGCUACCUCCAAUAGGCUUAGAGACGGGGGAGCAGCACACAGCAGUUCCUGGAUCGCGCCCGGUUUCUUGCAGAGGAAGACAUCCACAGAACCGCGUGCUCAGCGCCAUGCCUGUCAGCAUGGAACGGUCACCUCUUCGAGAAAGAACCAUGACCCUGGAGCGGCUCUCAAGGCCCAGCACCACCCAGACAUUCCGUCAGUCAGAUAUGCCUCGAAAAGGUUCAUUGACAUCGAUGGAAUUUGCCCGUCAUACGUGGACAGGUCAAAGUAUUUUGACAGGUUCACAGUAUCUGCCAAAAUCUUUUCAAAGGACAACUUUGAUUUCAAGAAAGAGAUUUCAAGUGGCAUCAUGAUGUGGGACUUCCCCAUUUCCAUGGCCUGCACUGGCUUUUGCAAAGCCUCAGCACUUCAUGCAUCACGUGAACAAUGGAGGAACCAGUAUUACGCUGUGUAUCUGUGUGUCUGACGGUCUGAGAUGUGAGAGAAAAACCAAUAAAUCACUUUAACGGUGAA